UUUCCUUCAUAGCCUUGCGCAUGCGCAUAAAAGGCAGCACUCAGUUUUGCAACUUUUCCAGUAGACAAUAAACAGAGCUUGUUAAUUGAGUACAAUGGCGUCUUAUGUGAUACUUCUACUGGCUCUGUGCUGCACCUUACAGCAGCUAGCUGCCCAAGGUCCAAUGAUCAGCACUGAGAAUGGGAAUGUGAAGAUCACCAGUACAGGAGAUGUAGUCUUGCAACCAGGCGGUGAUGGGGCCGUACAAGUCCUCACCAGCUCUGGGGAGGUUAUGAACAUGACAGGAGCACAAGGACCUCCCGGUGUGAAAGGAGACAAAGGGGACCCAGGAGACCCAGGGCCACCAGGUAUAAUGGGUAAUACGGGAAUACAGGGUGAGCGAGGUUUGCCUGGUUCGGCUGGGGCACCUGGUUCGGCCGGAGAACCUGGUCCUGCUGGAACACCAGGUUCGACUGGAACACCCGGGCCUGCUGGAGAACCCGGAGCUAACGGGUCCGGAGCAGGAGGCCUGAUCUCGUGGAAUGAGUGUGCAUGGAGGGACCUCAACGUUGGCUUGGACUAUGGUCUAAUUACAACGUGCAAUUUCAAUAAACAAAGAGACGAUACUUGGAUCCGGAUAACUUGGUACGGGAACAUGAGAAUAACGCGCUGUGUAAACUGCUGUAUGAGAUGGUACUUCACCAUCAAUGGAGAGGAGUGUUCUGAUCCAGGUCCCAUCGAUGGCGUUGUCUACCAGUCCGACAACUACCACAUGCUAAGACAGAACACCAUCAGCGGCACCUGCCGAACAGCCGGUGACCUUGGCAAUAUCACCUCGGGAGCUAAGAGGAUCCAAUUCUCCGUUCAAGACUGCCCGCGCUUUGGUGGCUUCGUAUACGACGCUUACACCGGCUGGAACUCUGUCUCGAGGAUUCUUAUCGAAGAAAUUAUUCCACGAGACAACACGGUCCCUGAAGUGGCUGUGGUUGCACCAGACUCGUACGUCUACCAGCCCAACUAUUGCCAUUACUUCUUUUCUGAUCUGGGGGGAAAUUCUGAGCGUAAUCUCGGACUUAUCGCAAAGAUUUCUUUUGUUAAACUGCACGAGUUCAGCGUACUGCGUAUCACAUGGGAGGGGAACUUACGGAAGAGGAGCUGCACCAACUGUUGUUCCCGCUGGUGGAUCGAAGUCGAUGGCGCUGAAUGCGAUGAAAGCGUAGAAACGUCCAUCUCUUCCAGCCGAGCCUACAAUAUAUUUGCGCCCACCACCCUCACCGGUGUGUGUGCCAAGUCAGGCGAUCUAGUCAUCUCCAACGGUCUCCAUAGCAUCAGAUUGAUGGUCGGCAGUUGCGCUGGCUUUGGAGUGUCUAAUACAGCAAGUGGCUUCCAUUCUACAUCAAGAUUUAUUGUCGACGAGAUACCGCGACCUCGAGACCAACUACUCAAAACCAAUGACGCCUACCACCCAAUAUGGACCAAUUGUGGCCCUGUAUUCGUUUCCGAGGGGACCAUUGACGAGGGUGCCAUCAACUCGACGAAUUGCACCAUCACUAAGACGGCCGUGGACUCAGUCGUGCGUGUCACAUUCAACGGGAAUAUACGAGUGACAGAUUGUCACGACUGUUGCAUGCGAUGGUUUAUCACCCUCAACGGUGAGGAGUGUUCUGAUCCUGCUCCCAUUGAAGCCGUGAUUUACUCGACUGAUGCAGAACAAGUCAAUAUACACCGAGGAGCUACUAUUACAGGUUUCUGUCAGGCCACAGCCUCGGGACCCAUAGCAACUGACAAUGUGACAGCCCUGCUCAACGUGGGGAGGUGCAGUGGGUUCAACGAGACCUAUAAUGCAUUCACUGGAUUUGGUUCUCCGGUCUCCAUGCUCGUCGAGGCAUACCCUAAACCCAUCACCAACCCACCAAUGGACGGAUCCUUCUACCCAAACUGGGCCCAGUAUGUAUACACUGAGAACACCACAGAAUCAAACACCACAUCCCUCUAUAGCUCCACCUUCUCUAAGCGUACCGACAACUCCGCCCUGAAAAUCUCCUGGGAGGGAAACGCCGCCUUACUGAACUGCUCUGACUGUUGUACACGCUGGUUUAUUGCCAUUAACGGUGAGGAAUGUUCCAGCCCUGGACCCAUAGAUGGUGCUAUUCGACAAGAUUUGUCCGAUUCGUCAAUCGGUACCUUUGACCUCUACCGCCCGAUAACUGUCGCUGGUAUCUGCAGCGGUACUAAUAGCUCCACCCCAUUGCUCGGAGGAGAUCAUGUGAUCAGUCUGGGUGUGGGGGCGUGUGCGCCUACAGAGGAUGGAGACGAUAUUCUGACUAGCGAUGUAGUGACAGGAUACAAUUCAGUAUCGAGAAUCAUUGUUGAGGAACUGCCCAAUCAGAAUGAGGAAAACUGUAUCACACCACCUUAGUUACACGGAACGUUUAUAUAUCGGACUAUAAUAUUAUCACAUGACACACAUUUCACUAUAAUUAUAUAAAAAAAAUUAUUAUUUUGUACAAUUAAUAUUAUAAUAAUGCUGAUUUAUUUUUUAUACAUGCAUUUAAAAUCG